UUUACAAAAACAGUUCUGCUGCAUCUCUCUUUGUCAUUCAACGUUGAUGUGAAAGAUACAAUGACUUUUAGUGGUCCUGUGGAAGACAUGUUUGGAUAUAGUGUGCAGCAAUUUGAAAAUGAAGAGGGAAAAUGGGUGCUUAUUGGUUCUCCUUUGGCUGGUCAGCCCCAGAAGAAAACAGGUGAUGUCUAUAAAUGCCCUGUAGGACAGGGUAAUGGUUUGCCAUGUGUAAAAUUAAACCUGCCAGCUGACACUUCAAUUCCUCAAGUUACAGAAGUAAAGGAGAAUAUGACUCUUGGGUCAACCUUAGUGACGAAUCCCAAAGGAGGGUUUUUGGCAUGCGGGCCUCUUUAUGCUUAUAAAUGUGGACAUUCCUAUUAUACAACAGGCAUCUGUUCCAACGUUAGCUCCAAUUUUGAGGUUGUAAAUUCCAUUGCUCCAUUGCGAGAAUGCAAGUCCCAGCUGGAUAUUGUCUUUGUUCUUGAUGGAUCUAACAGUAUUUUUGAAUGGAAAGAUGUCACCAAUUUUUUGAAACGAAUACUGCAAAAUAUGAGUAUAGGCCCCUAUGAUACACAGGUUGGGAUCGUUCAAUAUGGAGAAAAUGUAACCCAUGAAUUUUAUCUCAACACAUAUUCAACCACAGAAGAAGUGCUUGUAGCAGCAGGCAAAAUUAAACAGAGAGAAGGAUUCGAGACCAUGACAGCUCUUGGCAUUGAAACAGCAAGGAAUGAAGCAUUUACAGAAGCUCAUGGGGCCCGGCCAGGGGUACAAAAAGUCAUGGUAGUUGUGACUGAUGGAGAAUCUCAUGACAAUUACCGAUUACAAAAAGUGAUUGAUGAUUGUGAAAAAGACAGUAUACAGAGAUUUUCUAUUGCUAUUCUUGGCUCCUAUAACAGAGGAAAUCGAAACCCUGAGAAAUUAGUGGAGGAAAUCAAAUCCAUUGCAAGCAGGCCAACUGAAAAGCAUUUCUUUAAUGUCUCAAAUGAAGUAGCUCUCCUUACAAUUGUUGAAGCUCUUGGAGAAAGAAUAUUUGCCUUGGAAGCUACCAAUGAUCAACAGGCAGCCUCUUUUGAAAUGGAAAUGUCUCAAGUUGGCUUCAGUGCCCAUUAUUCUCAGGACUGGAUCAUGCUUGGAGCAGUUGGGGCAUAUGACUGGAAUGGGACUGUUGUCAUGUUAAAGGACA